GCCAAAGCCCGUGCUUAUUCCUCAGCCCCUCCUUGGGCCACCGGAUCGAAUGACGACGGUCGAUGGGCACGCGCAGCUUUACUGUCAGGAUUGCCGGGAAUUGGGAAAACGAGUUCCGCGGUGAUCGUUUGUUGCGAACUGGGUUUUACCACAUGUGAACUGAAUGCGUCUGACUGUCGUUCGAAACGUAGCUUACAGGAAGAAGUCAGUCAAACAUUGGGAAUGCAAAACUUGAAACAAAUGGCAUGUGGUCAAGCCUCAAAGCUCAGUCGCGAUCGGCACGUUCUCAUCAUGGAUGAAGUGGACGGUAUGGCUGGCAAUGAAGAUCGGGGCGGAAUGCAAGAGUUGAUCAACAUGAUUAAAUCCAGUCGCAUUCCCGUAAUCAACAACACCCAAAUGUGGUGUGUCGCCCGAUUGGCCGACGAAUCACAACUGGCCAAUGAUGCCGCCGGGGCAAAGAAGGAUGUGCGUCUCGGGGCGUUCGAUGUGAUUCGCAAAGUGUUCUCUCCAGAUGUGAUCGGUCAGCAUGGCCGUGCGGCCACAGUAAACGAGUGUCUGGAUCUAUUCUUCCAGGACUACAGUAUCGUGCCCCUAUUCGUUCAGGAGAACUAUUUGAAUGUAAAACCCAAAUCUGCUCAGGGAAAUCCGAAUCGAAAUCUUAGACUUUUAGCGGAAGCGUCAAAGAACAUCGCUCUGGGAGAUGUUGUGAGCAAUGCAAUUCGAUCAGCGGGAACCGGUUCGUGGUCCCUGCUUCCGACUCAAGGGAUCCUCAGCACAGUGAUUCCCGGUCACAUUCUGUGCGGAAACCUGCCCGGUGGAGUUGGACCAAAUGGUGGCGACACGGAUCGUGUGUUACAAACCCUCAUCCAGUAUAAUCUGCAACGUGAGGAUCUUGACGCUCUGCUCGAAUUCACCACUUGGUCUAAUCGACCCAAUCGCAUGCAAGGAAUCGAUGGCAAGGCUAAAGCGGCGCUUACUCGAGCGUUCAAUAAAUCGACACAUUUACUGCCCUAUUCCACGGUCGCCAUGGGCAAAUUACGUAGCAAGAAGCCUGGUGCUACAGACUCAGACUUGGGCGGAAUCGACCCCUCUGAGGAAGAUGCAGACGGGUUGUUUGACCAAGCCACUCCGGAAUCUUCGGGCGAAGAGGAUGAGUUGCAAACAGAUACAAUGAUUUCGCGCAAAGCACCGAAGCCACGUGGCAAUUCGUCCUCCUCUUCCAAAACGACAGAGUCAGCAAAUCCGUCCACCUCGAAACGAUCUCAAGCAUCAACACGUGGACGUGGCACUGGAAAGGGUUCUCGAAAGAAGUCAGACUGA